AGCCGAGCAGCAUCUGCCACGACCACUUCGCUUCGUUUAGUCUACUUUUAGCCGGUGUCGCGUGCGCAUCGUUUUGCGAGUCGCAGCUGCGAUGUGAGUCGGAGUUAAGCAAGUGAAUAAAUAGUGUGAAUACAAGAUUCAAUUUGAAUCAAUGUGAUUUGUCCAAUAAACUGUGUGACAUUUUAAAAUAUUAUAGACAAUUCAAAGUGCUGUGGCAUCUGGUCGAGUGCAAUUGUGAAACAUGCUAAGCCCCCAAUUGUGUGUGAGAACUAGACGAAGGCAGAGCAACCGAUAUUUGAGAGCAGCGCACCACUGCACCACCACACAUUAGACUAACCACUGGACAGCCACUGCUUGUGUCUCAGAGCCAACUAACCAUAAUAAGCAGCCCGAACAGCAACUAUAUCAAUAUUCGCCAGGAGAGCGCUGAAAGUGUUCCGCAUAACCCGCAGCAGAGGCGCUGCAGCUGGUGAGCGGCUCGUGUGGUGCUGCGGUGCUGCCUACCGGCAGAUGUGACCCAGUUAAGCCGAUUUGCAGCCAGACGGCGUACGACCGGAGCACGCGGAUUAUUAAUUUGCCUGGCAUUCUAUUAGAGGGCCACGGCUGAACCAUGCGCUCCCAGCACCCAACACCGAUCCUCGCCAGCCUCUCUCUCUGCCUCGUCCUCGCCGUCAGCCUGCAGCCGCAGCUGCUCCACUGUGCCACAGCGGGCGGCCUGAAGGCGGCAAUAUUAAGGAGCGACAGAAUAAAUGACGGCACAUUUCAUAGAAGUCAAUCAAAGAGAGCGGCGACAUUGGCAAAAUCGUUGCCAUUCAUUACAGCGCCAACGCAAAUUGUGAAAGCAAAUGAUGGGGAAGCAGGCGCGCAGACAAAUGCGGAGCCAUCCGUUGCAGUUGCAGUUGCAGUUGCAGUUGGAGCAACAACGGCAAUUGUGGAAACUGCAUUGUCCAGCCGCAGCAGCAUUAAUAACAUUAGCAACAAUGACGAUCGCCAGCAACUGGGGCAGGGGCAGGGGCAGCGGCAGGAGGCGGCAGCAGCCGUGCUGCAAGCAAAUCUUAUUAGGAGCAACAGGAGUGUGGAGCAGCAGGACCCAUAUGUGCACAAGUACAGAAUCACCCAGCACAAUGCAUUGUUCUCCCACAGCAAUGGGUCCACAGUCGAUGGAGCAGUCAUGACUGGGGCAACAAUGGAGCAAUCGACAGCAUCUACUACAGCAACCGCAGCCACACCAACUACAACAACAGCUGCAACAACAACAACAACAACAACUACGGCCACAACGACAACGACACGUCGGCCGGCUCCAAGGACAACGCUAAAGCCACCGCCAACAAUAGAUGAUUACCAGACAAUAAUUAGCCAAGCGGGCACACACGCCUAUCUGCCCUGCAACGUCAAGCAAUUGGUAAAGAAGCCCAUCUCCUGGCUUCGCAUGCGGGAUGGCCACAUACUCACCGUGGAUCAGACCACCUUCAUAGCGGAUCAGCGCUUUCAGUCGGUCUUCUCGCCCAACCCCGAACGCUGGUCCCUGCAAAUCAAAUACGUGCAGCUCAAGGAUGAGGGCACCUACGAGUGUCAAGUCUCCACGGAGCCCAAGGCGAGCGCAAUUGUGCACUUGCGCAUUGUGGAACCUAAAACCGAAUUAAUUGGCGAGUCUACGCGCCACGUGAAGGCCGGAAGUCAAGUGAAACUGCGCUGCAUAAUUAGCCAAGCGCUGGAGCCGCCACUUUUCAUUAAUUGGUUUUACAAUCAGAAGCAAAUCUAUUUGCAUAAUCGUCGCGGCUGGCGAACGGAAAUUGAGCGCAUCGAUCUGCCAACGGAAGUGCCAACGACGCCGACAGCAGCAACGUCGACAGCAGCAGCAACAGCAGCAACAGCAACAGCCACAUCAGCAACAGCAACUGCAGCAGCAGCAGCAGCAGCAGCAGCAGAUUCCCUUAAUGAUAUAACGGCCAUAACACGUUCGUAUAUUCUAGAUGCGAUAACGGUGAGCGAUGAGGAGGCGAGUGCCGGAUAUGGAUACGUGCUGCCAACGACGGCAACGCCCACAGCAGCCGCAAUGUCAACUACAGCAGCCACUGCUGCAGUUGCACUCGCAGCAGCGGCGACAGCAGCAGCAGCAGGCGUUGCCUCAGGCCAAGGCGUUGCAGCAAAUGAUAUGCUGACAACGGCAGCAGCUGCUGGAGACAAACAGUCGACUGUGACGACAGCAGCAGCAGGAGCAGGAGCAGCAGCAGGUGAGGCGGCAACAACAAUUCCAACAACAACAACGACAACUGAGCCAAGCACAACGCCAACAACAACAACAACAAUGCUGCCGAGCAGCAGUUUCAUUAAGCAGAUAACGGCUGCCUCGCUAAUCAUUCCCGCCGUUGUGAAGCUCGACUCGGGAAACUAUACAUGCAGCCCCUCGAACAGCGCUCCGCGCACCAUUGUGCUGCACGUGCUAAAUGGUGAAUACUCCGCAUCGGCUAUUAAAUCGGGCAGCGUCAGCUGGAAUACGCUAAUUGGUUGUCCUGGCUAUGCGCCGUGGCGGAAUAUUUUAACAAUUUUGACACUGUUUUGGAUUAUUAAAUUCGUGUCCACCAGCCAUCGAGGCCGAAACAAAGUCAACAAGCGCACAGCGGCCGCAGCGCUUCAGGAGCCAGCCAGCACGAAAAACAGGACAACGUCUGGCGCAAGUGUCAGCCGCAGGCUCUGCUCCCAGAUGCAGACGACAACCCGCAGGCAGGGAUUCAAUGGCGACGCCUGCGGCGGCAGCUGUGGCCGCGUCAGCAGCUCAAUUAGUGGCACGAAAGUGGCCGAGGACAAAACUUGAGCGCUGAGAGCAACGGCAGCGGCAACAGGAAUACCAGCAGGAAGAAAUAACGAUGCUGGGAUUCAGUUUAGACUACGCGUAGUACUUUAAGUCCCAACAAUGAGAGAUACAUUUCUGGCCACGACUUUGUCAAAUAGAUACAUUACAAAUGCAUUCACGCUCUCAUCUGUUGCAGCAAAAAAAUAAAAAAUAAAAUGAAUUAAUUAAUAAAAUCAAAAACAUAUUUCUAGUACUUGCUUGUGAAUUCUUGAUAUAUGUAGGAGUGUUUGCAUGUUUUAAAACUUGCCAGGAAAGUUUGUUUUCAUUUACGUUCUGAGUUUAUUAAAAUA